GAAAACGGGGGGAGAUACAGUACCCUACAAGUACUUUGUAUGGGCACAAGUAGAAUAGGUAAGUUUAUCUACUGUGCUCAUAGGGUGCAUCUCUUUUGCCAUUUAUUUCCUUAAUCCCUGUUUUCGGGCACAUCUCGCGUGAGACGAGCUCUCGUUGAAGCUUAUUGGCACACUAGGUAACGUCACUCAACCCACUCAUCCCGUCAGUCACGAAAUUGACUUCACGAAUUGGACCACGGUGCAUGCUCUCCUGCUCCCCUCCAAGCUUGGUUGACCUCUAUCCCACAGCUCUGGUUUUGCGACACCCCUUCUUGCACACCUACCCGUACCGUACCGCAAUCGAGUGGGCUACCUACCAUUCACCCUGCUACAGACCCGUCAACCCUCCCCCCUCGCCUCCCCGGAAAGUAAAAAGGGCAAGCAAAAAAAACAAAAAAAAGUCCGGUGCCCGUUUUCCUUUACAUCCCCCCACUUCUUCCUCUUCCGCUAGCCAGCCUCAACGUUAUACAUAAGACCCGCCAUAUCCCCCCCACCGUCCUCUUACCAUCGUGAUACACUGGCAAUCAGGAGUAAGGUUUGUUUCCCAAAAUAUUUUUGAUUCUUGUUUUCGUUCUCUGUAUUCCCUUGGAUAUCCUUCACAACUGUUCCCUACUUACCCAAUCACUGCCCCGCGUUUCCCCCUGCUCUCCAAAGGAGGUCUUUGGCCUUUGCCUCUGGCGGGCAGGCUUAUCUGGCGGAGGAGAUAUCAUACGUUUUCAUUGUUUGACUAGUGACCAGGAGGAAAAGGAAAAAAGGAAAGAGGGGGGGGAGGGCGAAAAAGAAAAAGAAAAAAGAAAAAAAGAGAGCACAAGUGGAAUCUUCUUAUGAUAGAAGAUUCGUGACUUACAUGAGCGCCUCAAUCCAAUUUCUCGUUAGUUCUCCUGCUCCUGUUCUGCCUGUACAGUUUUCUUCUUCUUGUUCUCCCUCUUCUUCUUCCUCUCCUCGAAGGAUGCCCUCCUCGAGAUCUUCUACUCUGUACUCAAAAUCGUCGACGGUGGCCGGGGGUCCUCCCUCUUUGGCCUGUUCGUUCAAUUCUAUGUUUGAGGGGAGCACCUUAUCACCGCCAGACUCAGCUGCGUCGUCACGAAGCAACAGCUCGCUCUCGGCGUACUCCGAUUCAUUUUCGAGUUUUGAAGGAAUUUCUGCUGCUACUGGAGUUUGCAACGGCUUACAAACAUCCGUGAGGAUUAUACAGGAAUGCCGGCUAAGCCUGAUCCAUAUUCCCCUGCAUCUGUACCCGCAUUUUGUCCAGGCGAUUUUAUCGUUGAUACUUCCCUCGAUAUCCUCGUCCUCGGGGGAUAGGAGGGCAUGGGGUGGCAGGAGAAGGGCCGAGGGAACAAGGAUGUAUACGUGCGAUGGUGAUGAUGAUGACGAGGGGGAUCGUGUGUAUGGGUCGGAUUAUGAAGAAGAUUUGGUUCCGGACCACGGUUCUGCGGGAACAUCCUUGUCCUCGAGCAAUAAAUUUGUCAACAUCUCAGUGACACCGGUAGAGUGCUCCGUUGCGUGUUCUAUCGAGCAGGUGGAGAACCUGUUUGCACCGAUUAUACAAACCCUGUCAUCAAGCCAUAGGGAAGAGGUCAGGAUUUCUGAGGACGAGUUUGUUGCAAUUCAGGUGGAUGGGGAAGGGUUGGAUGCGGGUCAGAGAGUCUUGGACCUGACCAGUCCGUUGGCAUUGGCUGGAGUGUGAGUAGUAAUAUUUCGGUGAAAGAUUGGCGGAGAUCAUCCGUGCUAUUGGAUUUUUUAUAUAUCAGAAUCUAACGAGUGGUUGUUUCGUUUGCAGCCCCAUAUUCUUCCUCACAACGUAUUUCUCAGAUUAUAUCUUGGUUCCAUCGAGGAACCGCAGUCAGGUCACCAGGGCGCUGCAACGACGGGGAUUCGUUUUUGAGAAGCACGCAGAGGCGUUUGUCACGGGCCCUUCCCAUCACCGCAACUCAUCCUCCACCCCCUCAUUUAUUGUCGCUCCACCUUCGCCGCCACCAACAACCACAAUCGGUGAACUGCAAAUAAAGACGUUUGAAACAUUGCGGAAACAGAGCGUGGUUCCGCAGGUGAACAAAAAUACAAGACUGGUAUUAUGUGCUGGCAGACGCUCGGCCAAUAAGGGUAGAAGCAGCGACGACACAGGGCUCUACCUAGGGUUGGUCAAAUGUCUCAUUUCAAACCCUCAAUUCUUGAGCGUCACCUUGACAGACGCGGAGCCCGCAUCUCUGCUGUUGGAGCAGAAGAUGCUUCCUAUGUUUGGUUCUGACGAUGCCCUACUGGGCAGCAAGGAGGACGUGCUCAUCCCCAUUCUACUGGAUUUGAGGGGUCUUCCUGUGGAUUCUACGGGAAUUGUGUGUGGGGUUGCAGGAAAAUUGGUGGGGGGGAAUCUGGAUAGGGCCGAAGCGAUCGAGAUGAGCUACCUCAGCACUGCUAGGGCUGGAACGGUCAUCGUGGCGGAGGAUGAUCUUGCUAGAGCUGUUGCUGCCCUGGAGACGUAAUUGGGAAUCCCACGCUUUUACAUUACGUUAAGUUACGUUGCAUCUCCUAAAGCAAAAGGAAAAUCGAUCUCCUGUUUCUUUUUCUUUUCUUUCUUUCUUUUUUUCCUUUUUAAAAUUUCCUAUUUGGUCUUUCUUGGGAAUGGACGGAAAUCUGAUUUGUCGCGUUAACUCGUUUAUCUUGCUAGAGUGGUCGUCUAACUGGUGAGGGGAAAGUCGGUAUUGUAUCAUAUGCUUCUUGCUUUUUCGAUUGGUGUUUCUCCCACAAUCUUUAUUACCAUUUGGCCUCCUUCUAAGUGGACGGGGCAAGCAAAAAUGCAAGCUCCCUUUCUGCAUAUUUCUAUUUUUUUUCAUUUUCAUCUCCUAUCAUACUUCCCCAGCUUAUCUUCCGGGGCUAGGGUGCGGCGUUGGUACUUCUCUAUUUUAUUCUUCCCAAUUUUCCGGUGACGGUACAGUAUCUUGCUCGAGUACCGGUACUUGUACUUGUACUGUAUCAUCAUUUUCUUUUUUUUUGGGGGGGGGUUUCCUUUUCUUGCCUUUCCAAAUAGCUUAGUACGCUAUAGGGCUAGUGCACGAGUCUCGCAAGAGGAAUGGAAGGCAGCGACAUACUGUAAAGAAAGGUGUGCAUACCAAUAGGAUGAGAAAGAGAUCACGAGAACCAAGGGGUCGGGAAUUGGCAGGUGUAGGCGGUUGAAAAAGGAGGCCGGCCGGUAUUACUCUCUUCUGGUUUCUUUCACUCCAUUUUUUCAUCGGGAAGAUCGAGGAGAGGUCGGGCUUGGGCUUUGGGUUUUUGGGCUGUCUCUUGCGGGGGGGGGAAGCAAGAGUGAUAAGUUUAAUGCGAGAGAAAUAAUGCACAAGAUCGGAAGCAUAAUCUGGGUUUACUCUACGAGCGCCUGACAGCCGGAGAGAUUAUUUGCAGUAGAAAGAAGAAGCAACAGGAUCACAACAUUUUAUGUAGGGAGACAGAUCCAUCAAAGAGUUUUAAUAUUUUCUGGUCUUUUAAAGAACGGGUUUCCCUAGUUUGAUGAGACCAGCGAAUGAACAAGGGCCACACUACAACAGUUCCUGGUGCAGCACCACACAUUGGUUCCACUAAGUUCACCUGAGAACCGAGACUUCAUUCCCUCCAACCUCGAACCAUCGCACACAAUCUCCUACCACUGCAGGACGCCUUUUUUUAUUUUAUUUUUAUCUCGUCCCCCCUAGACAGCAGACAUACUGCUGCACUCCACCUCAGCACACACGAUUUACUCACCCUCAACACACCCCUCCCCUAUCGCACCGUAACGUGUUGCUCUGCCGCCAUCAUCACCAUGGCCUCGGCCGUUUCCCAUCAAGUUACCAUCGCACGCGCUUCACUCGCGGCCGGUCUCCUCCGACCCGACCCCACCGCAGUCUCUCGUGACGAGAUCUCCAGUUUUCACGCGCUGUUGGAGCAGGCACUGAGCAAGUGCUCACCAUCGAAUAUCCAGGUUGCUACACACAUACUUCCCCAGACCGCGUCCGCACCGCACUCACGAUGAAAGAGAGAAGAAAAAAAAAUGAAGAAAUGCUGGGAGAAAGGGAGAGAGAGAUAAAAAGGGGGAAUUUUUGUUUGAUCAAAGUUCCUUUCCUUUCUCCCCCCACCUUUUGAUUUUUUUUUUAAUCUCUUGAAACAUUUUUUUUUGGAGAAGACCAAACAUGGCUAAUUACUUCGUUGUCCGGAUGGCUUCCCCCUUUCCCCGGCUAUGUUUUUGUGCAAAUAGAAUUGCAAACGAUGGAUCUUGAGAUAUAUGAAUUCGCGUGCUCGGUUCGCCACCCUUGGGAAAUUCCUGACGGCUCUGUCGCCUUCGCUUUCGACUUCGACUACUGCUACUGGGAAGGCUAGCGCCAGGAGGAAGAGGGUCAGCGUCUUAUACCUGGUCAAUGAUUUGUUGCACCAUACUACGUAUAACGAGCCUUCCGACGGUUUGUUAGCGGAGGAGGUCAAACCGUUUCUUGCGGAUUUGUUCGUCGCGGCAAUGUAUCCAGGGGCAGUGAAGCAGCUAGCGAAGUUGGAGAAGCUGUUGGAUAUCUGGGCGGAGAAGGGUUAUUACAGCAAGUCGUUUAUCGAGGAGCUGAAGUUUAUUGUCAGGGAUGCUACAUCGGCUACUCCUACUGCUCGACCCACAGCAUCCACAGAGACGGCGAAGGCUAGGGUUUCGGUGGAGAAGCCACUCUUGCUUCCUCCUUUUCAUGGAGAUCCAUCGCUACCAUUCUACGACCUCCCUGCGGCAAAUAUGCUCCCUCAUCUAAUACCCAACUCACCGACGCCUAUCAAUCCGCGCUUGAUGAAACCGAUCCAGUUCUCGACUCUAGUCCCCAACGAGUCGCUUGCAGCCGCGGUCAGGGACUUUAUCAAGUCUACCGACGAUAUGUUUAACGGUGAUGAUGCUCCUAUGGAAGAUCCGGACGCAAUCGGAGGUGGGGGCGGUGAAAGCUACUAUGGAUGGAGCAAGGACUUUUGCGAAAAGAUGAAGCAGAAGAAACGCGCCGCAUUAAAGGAAGAGCGAGAUUACCGUCACAGGAGUUACAGCUAUACCUCAGACGCGAGCCGGCAAAGCAGAUCAGCGUCGUAUUACUCACGAUCAAGGUCUCGCUCUCGGGAUAGGAGACGGUCGUCAAGGGGGAGAGGUAGCAGGAGUAGGAGUCCUUCAUCUCGUUCCAGCUCUCGCUCCCGCGCCCGUGCCCGGUCACGAUCACGAUCGAGAUCGGGGUCUGCAGAGAAGCCUUCCUUUCAGCAGCCGCCGCGAACUCAGCCGAAUAUCUCUCCACUUGUGGAAACGCGUCAGUAUCCACACCAAUCAGGAUACCCGGCCCCACCCCCACCACUACCUCCCCAUCAUCUCCAUCAGCCGUACUAUCGAGCACAGCCAGCGUUCCCACCACCACCACCUCCUCCUCCUCCACCUCCGCAGAACUGGAACAUGCCAAAUGCGCAACAGCAGCAGCAGCAGCAGCAGCAAUACUACCAGCAACAACAGCAGCAAUAUCCAUACAACUACGGUGGCCCUUCCCCGCCUCCUCCGCCCUCCGCACCCGGCACCCACCAUCAGCAGCAGCAUCAAUAUCCACCCGCAGGAGCUCAGGGCUGGCAGCCACCCCAAGGGCCAUCGCAGGGCGGCGCGUACACUCAACAAUACGAGGACUACCGAUCCGUCAAAGGCCGGGAAAUCGGAGCUAAGAGAGGGUGGAAAACUUGAAAUCGCCUUCUGUUCUUUUCUCUUUUCGGGGGGUUUUUUUUCCACUCGGAUAGGUUCCUGUUUCAUAGGGUAUGUUUGUUUUGACCGCAUUUUUCCUAUCCUCAUUUUUUCAUCAUUUCUGUGGAAAGUCUUGUCCAUUGUGGUGUAGCAAGUACCGUAGCCUACCAGAUUGUCCACGCGAAAUUACAUUACGUACUCUCG